AUGCUGCAAUUCACGCUUCUCCGGCAUCUAGCAAAAGCAGCUGAACUUUGCUUGGGCUCUACAAAUUACACGGCAGGAAGCAGGUAUGAGGAGAACCUGAAAAGCCUCCUUCAAUCCCUGAAAGCCAAUGCCUCCAUCUCGAGGGGUUUCAACUCCACCACCUCGGGCACGAGCCCUGACCAAGUCUAUGGCCUUGCCCAGUGCAGGGCUGACACCACCACCGCCGAGUGCAGCGAUUGCAUGAACAGAACCACAACCGAUGCCCUGCAAUUAUGUCCCAACAGGAAACAGGCGAUCUUUUGGGACGAUCAGUGCAUCCUUUGCUACUCUGAUUCCAAUUUCAUCGGAUCAAUAAACCGGAAUCGAUUAUACCUUUCGAAUGUAAACAAUGCCUGUGAUCGAGACUCCUUUAACCUGGAACUUGGUGGCCUGAUGAGGAAGCUGACAUGGAGAGCUGUCUCUGACCCGCUACUCCUCUAUGCAUCCGGGAAGACUGUGUACGAUAAUUUUGUAACGAUUUAUGGGCUGUUGCAGUGCACGAGGGAUCUCGAUGAUGCAGAGUGUAGGAACUGCCUUGAAAGCGUGAUUGCCGACAUCCCCAGCUGCUGCAAUGGUCAUGUCAUAUCGGAGCCCAAGUUUUGAGCGGGAGUUGAGUUGCAUACUGCGGUAUGAAACAUAUUCAUUCUUCACACCCUCCCCUCCACCGCCACCACUGCCAAUGCCAAACUCACCGCCGCCACCCGCUACGACAAACGCUCUGCAGCUACCACCGCCACCGGCUACGACAAACUCUCUGCAGCUACCACGGCCUGAAAAUCCCACCCCUCGAGUUAAGCGAAUAUUCUCUCACUUCAAAUGCCACCUCAUAUGCUUCACUGUGAUGAAUAUUGGAAGAAAUUCCUAGCAUAGACUAUAGAUGUAGCAUAUAAACCGUGCAGUAUAUGCAAUUUAGACCGUCCA